GUUCCCCCUUCCCCUCCUCAGUCCGCCCCAAAUCCCCGACAAUGGCAGCUGGCAGCACGGCCCUUCCCUCUAGUGACGUUUUGUCGGACGAGGCUCUGCAAAAAUGCUUUGAAAACUACCUGCUGGUCGACGUCGGCGCGAGUCUCACCAAUAAGAAGUUCGGCAAGGAUCUGGACUCCGUUAUUCAGCGAGCCAAAGAUGCUGGACUGACAAAGAUUCUUGUCACUGGAUCAUCACUGAGAACUAGCAAGGAGGCUCUUCGCUUGACAAGAAUCUACCCAGGAACCAUCUACUCCUCCACUGGAGUGCAUCCACAUGAUGCCAAAUCGUGGGAAUCUGAUUAUCUUCAAGACUUGCGUGAAAUUGCCAUGAAUCCAGAAUGUGUGGCGAUUGGUGAGUGUGGGCUUGACUACAGCAAGGAUUUCUCCACUCCUGAGAUGCAGAAAGAUGUGUUUGAAAAGCAGGUUCAACUAGCAUGCGAUUUACAUAAACCACUUAUAUUGAGAGAGCGAGAGGCACACCGUGACUUUGUGCAGAUUCUUGACAAAUUCCGAACCAAUCUUCCUGUAUGUGUGCUACGUGGCUUUGCAGGGUCACAGAGUGAAGCAGAAAGCUACCUAGAGAGAGGAUUUUACUUUACUUUGUCAGGCUGCCUGUGUAAAGAUAAAUCAGAUGAUGGAAUGAGACGUCUGCUGGAACAAAAUAUUCUUACUAUGGACCGUAUUCUUGUUGAAACAGACUCCCCUUUCAUGUUCCCAAACAUUCGAGCCUCGAAACUCCCUCCUGCUGUUAAGGAGUCGCUAACUGAAAGGUCGUUAAUGUUCUUACAACGCUACUGCACAUUUCAACGAAAUGAACCUUGCUCUCUCCCAGCUAUUGUUGAAAUGAUCUCUGUUCUUCUCAAGAAGAAACCAGAAGAAGUUGCUUUUGCUACUGCUUUUAGUGCUCUCAAAGUUUUUGGACUCUCUCAAUAAUUCUUUAAGGGCUUCAUUGGUUGAUUUUUAUUUUUCUAAAGGGCUGUGAAUCAGAGAUUAAUUCUCAUUUGUUACUGACCACAAUUUUUUCUUAGUUUACCUUUUUAAAAGGGGAUAUUUUUUAUAGUUGUUAAGGGAAAAUUUUAAGAAAUUUAAUAGGUACAGGUUUGUUUUCAAUAUAAAACAAGUUAUAGUAAAAAUGUGCCAUGGUACUUUAUUUUAUCUGAGCUUGUGAGGGAUGUAUUUUAUUUUUGAUUUUGGAAAAUUUGUUGUCAGUAUUGCUGUUGACUAAGCUUAUAGGUGUAUUCUUGUUUACAAUGGGUCUAAUAUUGUGAAAUAUCAUGAAGUAAAAAGAAAUGACUAGGAAUUUGCACAAAAAUGCACAUAUGAAAAAAAGCAAAGUAUAUUUUUAUAGUAAGUAGAUGUGUUAAGAACGAAUCAUAUUUUUAAUAAUAUUUGUUUUUAAGAA